AAGGAGGAGCCCAAAGCUGGCAGAUCGGGAGGAUUUGCAGGGGAGAAGGGGGGGGAAGAUUGGAAAUGCAGCUCUGGAGUUUGCUGCUGCCUCUUGCGCUUCUUUGUACAGCCGUAGCCAGUGGACCCGAAUGUGGGAUGGACGAGCGCUCCCGCAGGGCAAGAAGGGACACCAGGCACACCCGCCAGAUCCACUACACCGCCCCGGGCACCUGUGCCACCAGGUUAGCCCGAGGCAGGCGUUCCACUGCUAGUCUGGAGCCUCUGCCUGUCCCCCGCAGGAGGCAACAGCGGGAGGUAAAGGGUGAAGAGGAUUCCCUUACCCCAAGCAGGGCGCUCUAUUUUAGUGGACAAGGUGAUCAGCUGCGGCUGAAAGCAGACAUUGAGCUGCCCAGAGAUGCCUUCACUUUGCAAGUGUGGCUGAGAGCUGAAGGAGGACAGAGAUCACCAGCUGUCAUUGCAGGAUUAUAUGACAAAUGUUCUUACACCUCCCGUGACCGAGGAUGGGUCCUGGGGAUUAAGACCGUCAGUGACCAGGGGAAUAGAGACCCCCGCUAUUUCUUCUCGCUGAGGACGGACCGUGCUCGCAAAGUCACCACCAUUGCCACUCAUCGCAGCUAUCUUCCCAACCAGUGGGUGCAUCUGGCUGCCACAUACGAUGGGCACUUGAUGAAACUCUAUGUGAACGGAGCCCAGGUGGCCACGAGUGGGGAGCAAGUGGGCAAGAUCUUCAGCCUUCUGACCUUGAAGUGUAAAGUGCUCAUGAUUGGAGGAAAUGCCCUGAAUCAAAACUAUCGGGGUUACAUAGAACACUUCAAUCUCUGGAGGACAGCCCGGUCCCAGAAGGAGAUCUUGUUUGACAUGGGCCAGGUGAUUCAUGAACUAGACACCCCUCUACCUCAGCUAGUUCUUCCGGAGAGUUUACUGAAUGUGAAAAACACCUGGUCUCCCAUGAAGGAUGGCAGCAGUCCUCAGAUCGAAUUCAACUAUCACCAUGGCUACUUGUUGGAUACCAGUCUGGACCCUCCUCUUUGUGGGCAGACAGUCUGCGACAACAUGGAGGUGAUCGCCAGCUACAACAAGCUCCCCCGCUUCCGCCGCAACAAGGUGGUGCGCUACCGAGUGGUGAACCUCUAUGACGACGCAUACCAGAACCCCACCGUCAGCCGGCAGCAGAUCGAGUUCCAGCACCAGCAGCUGAAUGAGGCCUUCAGCCGCUACAACAUCACUUGGGAGCUGGAAGUGCUGGACGUGAGGAACUCGUCCCUCCGCCGCCGUCUCAUCCUGGCCAACUGCGACAUCAGCAAGAUCGGAGACGAGAACUGUGACCCCGAGUGCAACCACACGCUGACUGGGUACGAUGGAGGGGACUGCCGGCACGUGCGUCACGCCCUGUUCCACAAGAAGAAGCAGAAUGGCGUGUGCGACAUGGAUUGUAACUAUGAGAGGUACAACUUUGAUGGUGGGGAAUGCUGUAACCCGGAGAUAACUGAUGUAACCAAGACAUGUUUUGAACCAGAUUCUCCUUACAGAGCAUACUUGGAUGUCAACGAACUGAAGAACAUACUCAAACUCGAUGGAGCCACACACCUCAACAUCUUCUUCGCUAAUUCCUCUGAGGAAGAGCUGGCUGGAGUGGCGACCUGGCCAUGGGACAAGGAAGCCUUGAUGCAUCUAGGUGGCAUCGUGCUGAACCCUUCCUUCUACGGCAUCCCUGGCCAUACACACACAAUGAUCCAUGAAAUUGGGCACAGCCUGGGGCUCUAUCAUGUCUUCCGGGGAAUCUCUGAGAUCCUCUCCUGCAGUGACCCGUGCAUGGAAACCGAGCCCUCCUUUGAGACUGGAGACCUCUGCGGCGACACCAACCCUGCUCCAAAGCACAAACUGUGUGGGGACCCUGGACCUGGCAAUGACACGUGCGGUUUUCACAGUUUCCUAAACACACCGUACAGCAACUUCAUGAGCUAUGCAGACGACGACUGCACCAAUUCCUUCACGCCCAAUCAGAUGGCAAGAAUGCACUGCUACUUGGAUCUGGUGUACCAGAGCUGGCAGCCUGUCAAGAAACCCUCUCCCAUUGCCAUUGCCCCGCAGAUCGUGGACCGAACUUCGAACUCUAUCACUCUGGAGUGGUUUCCUCCCGUUGACGGUCAUUUCUUUGAAAGAGAAGUGGGAUCAGCAUGCGAUCUGUGUACAGAAGGAAGAGUCCUGGUGCAAUAUGCCUUCGGUGCCUCUUCACCAAUGCCAUGUGAUCCAUCUGGGCACUGGAGUCCACGGGAAGCAGAAGGUCACCCUGAUGUAGAGCAACCUUGUAAACCCAGUGUCAGGACUUGGAGUCCCAACUCAGGGGUCCACCAGCACACAGUACCGCCAGUCUGUCCCGAGCCCCAGGGCUGCUAUCUGGAGCUAGAGUUCCGCUACCCCUUGAUCCCAGAGUCCCUCACAGUCUGGGUGACAUUUGUCUCCACGGAUUGGGACUCCAGCGGAGCAGUGAAUGACAUCAAGCUUCUGACCGUCAGCGGGAAGAACAUCUCUCUGGGGCCCCAGAACGUCUUCUGCGACGUCCCUCUGACCAUCAAGCUGAAUGCCAAACAGGUGGGCGAGGAAGUGUACGGCAUCCAGAUCUACACCCUGGAUGAGCACCUGGAGAUCGAUGCGGCUAUGCUGAGCUCCAUCCCACGGAGCCUGCUGUGUGCAGACUGUAGACCCAUCCAGUACAAAGUGGUCCGGGACCCUCCCUUCCAGACUGGUUCUCCAUUUGUCAUCUCAAACCUCAGCAGGAGAUUCAUGGACAGGGAGUUGAGUGAUAGCGUCGUGUAUACGUACCAGGUUGCCGUUAUUUCUGGGACAGAGGAGAGUGAACCCUCCCCCAUGACUCUAUAUACUCAUGGAAGUGGAUACUGUGGAGAUGGGAUUAUACAAAAAGAUUUGGGGGAAAAAUGUGAUGACAUGAAUAAGAUCAACGGCGAUGGCUGCUCCCUCUUUUGUCAGCAGGAGCUAUCCUUUAAUUGCCUUGACGAGCCCAGCAGGUGCUACUUCCAUGACGGUGAUGGUGUAUGUGAGGAGUUUGAGCAAAUGACCAGCAUCAAAGACUGUGGGGUUUAUACCCCCAAAGGCUUCCUGGACCAGUGGGCUUCCAACGUGUCAGUCUCUCAUAGUGACCAGGAGUGCCCAGGCUGGGUGGUCAUUGGCCAGCCAGCAGCAACUCAGGUGUGCCGAACCAAGGUGAUGGACCUGAGUGAUGUGGUGUCUAAAUAUGCCUGGUAUCCCUGCACAGCCAACUUACCGUAUUCCCAUAUGACUCAGACCAUUUUCUGGCUAAAGGCAUAUUUUUCUCAGCCCAUGGUAGCUGCUGCUAUCAUUGUCCACUUGGUCACCGAUGGAACACACUACCUGGAUCAGAAGCAGGAAACGGUCACUGUGCAACUGUUUGACACCAAGAAGCAAAACCAUGAUCUUGGUGUCCACGUUCUGAGCUGCAGGAACAAUCCCCUGAUUAUCCCUGUGAUCCAUGACCUCAGUCACCCCUUCUACCACACCCAGGCUGUCCUCAUUAGCUUCAGCUCCCCGUAUGUGGCCAUCUCUGGGGUGGCCCUCCGUUCCUUCCACAACUUCGACCCCAUCACCAUCAGCAGCUGUCAAAGAGGACAGACCUACAGCCCGGCAGAGCAGAGCUGUGUCCACUACUCCUGCGAAGCCACUGACUGUCAAGAGCUGCAGAUUGAGAAUGCUGUGCUGAACUGCACCAGUGGGGAGCUCUACAACGGUGCCCAGUGCAGUGUGAGUUGCAAGAUGGGCUACAUUCUGCAAGUACAGCGAGAUGAUGACCUCAUCAAGAGCCAGCUGCAGUCCAGCAUCACCAUGACUUGCAUGGACGGGAAAUGGAACAAACAGGUGGCCUGUGAACCGGUGGACUGUGGCAUUCCAGACCAGUACCAUGUCUACCCAGCCACGUUCAACUGCAGCGAGGGUACCACCUUUGGAAAGAAAUGCUCCUUCAGUUGCCGACCUCCGGCCCUGCUGAAAGGAAACAACAGCAACUUAACAUGUAUGGAAGAUGGGCUAUGGUCCUUCCCCGAGGCCCUUUGUGAGCUGAUGUGUCGAGCUCCAUCUCUAGUUCCCAAUGCAGAUCUUCAGACCGCCCGUUGCCGUGAAGAUAAACACAAAGUGGGCUCCUUUUGCAAGUACAAAUGCAAACCGGGUUACCAUGUUCCUGGCUCCUCCAGGAAAGCAAAGAAGAGGGCCUUUAAGAUCCAGUGCAUGCAAGAUGGCACCUGGCUAGCUGGAGCGUGCGUGCCCGUCACCUGUGACCCUCCACCCUCGAAGUUCCAUGGGCUGUACCAGUGCACCAACGGCUUCCAGUUCAACAGCGAAUGCAGGAUCAAGUGUGAGGAAGACGACAAUCAAUCAGGACGUGGUAACAACGUGAUUCACUGCCGGAAGGAUGGCACCUGGAGCGGCUCCUUCCACCUCUGCAAGGAGAUGCAGGGCGAGUGCUCUCUUCCCACUCAGCUCAACAACAACCUUAAGCUGCAUUGUGCGCACGGCUAUGGAAUAGGAGCCGAAUGCACCACCUCGUGUCCAGAUCACAACGAGCCCAUCCUGCUGCGUGUGAAUGAGACCGUACAAGACAUCCAGCACUGGAUGAACCCUCAACGAGUGAAGAGCGUUGUCUGCACAGCAGGACUCAAGUGGUAUCCACACCCAGCGCUGAUUCACUGCAUCAAAGCCUGCGACCCUUUCAUGGGGGACAACUACUGUGAUGCCAUCAAUAACCGAGCCUUCUGCAACUAUGAUGGUGGGGACUGCUGCACCUCAACGGUCAAGACCAAAAAGGUUAUUCCUUUCCCUAUGUCCUGUGACCUACAAGCAGAAUGUGCUUGCCUAGACCCCAACGCUCAAGAGAACAAUCAGAAGGAUGUACGCAGCUUCAGUCGCGGGUAA